UUGUUUAGACUGAGACACGGAUCUUAUGAGCAAGAGAGCGUCUGCCUCGCCUUCUUGUGAGCUGGCUGUCUUUUUCUGCUGUAAUUAGAGAGAGAGAGCAGAUGGGAUGAGUGACGGCAGAAUGAAGGAGAAAUGAGGAGGCGGCAGUGUUUUUACCUGCAAUGCAGUGCUCGAUUUCCCCAGCCAAUCAGAGCGCGUGGCACAGAGGAAAGGGUGGGCUCUUGUCACUGACGGAAGCAGAGCGAGCGGGAGGAGGAGGGAUCGAGCUCCUCGGCAUUCAGCCUCACCGUGCAUCUGUGUGCACUGAGGUGGCCCUCCUCUGCCUCUGGUACAUGGCUCUGUCUCUGGCCUGCCAGCCCCUGUUGCCUUCAUUAGCACUAUCUCUCAUGGGUAUCCGCGCAUCUUGUAGGCCUGAUCCCCAUCCGAGGGGAGCCGCACAGCAGCCUGACUUACUGCAGGAGCAAGAUGAGGAGAUCUUGGGUUCAGAUGAUGAGGAGCAAGAGGAUCCUAAUGACUACUGCAAGGGUGGUUAUCACCAUGUGAAAAUUGGCGACCUGUUUAACGGACGGUACCAUGUAAUCCGCAAGCUGGGAUGGGGUCAUUUUUCCACUGUUUGGUUUGCUUGGGACAUACAAGGGAAGCGUUUUGUGGCAAUGAAAGUGGUUAAGAGCGCCGAGCACUACACUGAAACAGCACUCGAUGAGAUCAAGCUCCUGAGAGCGGUCAGGAACACAGACCAGAAUGAUCCCAGCAGGGAGAAAGUGGUGCAGUUAUUGGACGACUUCAAGAUCUCGGGCGUGAACGGAACCCAUGUGUGUAUGGUGUUUGAAGUUCUCGGCCACCAUCUGCUGAAGUGGAUUAUCAAGUCCAACUACCAGGGCCUGCCGCUGCCAUGUGUCAAGAGCAUUAUUCGACAGGUUUUGCAAGGCUUGGACUACCUACACACCAAGUGUAAGAUCAUUCACACUGAUAUAAAACCAGAGAACAUCUUGAUGGAUGUGAAUGAGGCGUAUGUCAAAAGACUGGCUGCGGAGGCCACGGAAUGGCAGAAAUCUGGAGCUCCGCCACCUUCUGGAUCCGCAGUGAGUACAGCUCCGGCUCCAAAACAAAUGGGCAAAAUGUCCAAGAACAAGAAGAAAAAGAUGAAGAAGAAACAGAAGCGUCAGGCUGAGCUCUUGGAGAAGAGGAUUCUAGAGAUAGAGGGGCUGGAGAAAGGCCCUGAGGGAGGAGAAGAGGAAGAGGAGGAUGAAACGGAGACACCCGACAGCACCCCGUCAGUCCCCACCCUGCAUGACAUCACAGCUGAGGCCACGCUGGAUGGCAUCUCAGAUGGUUGGACUCAGCAAAGAGGUGCCAUCAACGGUCACAGCCAGGGCCCUGAGGAAGAGCAGACCCUGGAUCUCCAGCUGCAGAUGAAGGAUGACACCCCCGUGAACCCCUACGACAGCGGCACCGAGGGCUUCGAGCCUACUAACCCUUACCCAGUGUGCAACGGCACCGUAGAGAACGAGCAUAGUCCUCCGUCCCCUGACACCACAGACGGUAAUGGACCUUUGAUUUGUGGCAUGGUUGAGUCACAGUGCCCUAGGGUACAGGAUCAAGAGAGCCCCACGGCGGAGCUGAACUGCUCCGGUUCUGUUGAGGGCCCCAGAGUGGAGAUGGGCCUCACCAUGGAGGUGGACCCCAGCGCACAGGCGGCCACAGAGGAGGAGAGUCUGAAGGACGCUAAGAUUGCAGCAGGAAACCUGCUAGUUGACCCCCUGGAUCCACUAAACGCUGAUAAGAUCCGAGUGAAAAUCGCUGACCUGGGCAACGCCUGCUGGGUGCACAAGCACUUCACAGACGACAUUCAGACGCGGCAGUAUCGCUCUCUGGAGGUGUUGAUGGGGGCAGGAUACGGCACCCCAGCUGACAUCUGGAGCACAGCUUGCAUGGCAUUUGAGCUGGCAACAGGCGAUUACCUGUUUGAGCCUCACUCCGGAGAGGAUUAUUCCAGAGAUGAAGAUCACAUCGCGUUAAUCAUCGAGCUGCUGGGGAAGAUUCCUCGUAAACUCAUCAUGAACGGCAAAUACUCCAAGGAAUUUUUCACCAAGAAAGGUGACCUGAGGCACAUCACCAAGCUGAAACCGUGGGGUUUGCAGGACGUGCUGGUCGAAAAGUACGAAUGGCCCCGAGAGGAAGCCCAGAAUUUCUCAGACUUCCUCCUCCCGAUGUUGGACCUCAUUCCAGAGAAAAGAGCAACGGCUGCCGAAUGCCUCCGUCAUUCCUGGAUCGCCCCCUAGUGGCCAAAAAGCUCCAAAGCGUGAGCACACACUCACUGACAGACACCGUCUUAGGAGCCGUGCCUGGAGUCACGGCAAGUGCAAGAAGGUCCGCUCACACAGAUCCAGUUCUCAAAUCGUUGUUGCUUUUUUUACGUAAUUGGUAUCAUUUGAUUGUACCGUCAUUUUAGUGGUUUGUGCUCUUGAUGAUUUAUCUAACAACCACUUUUCUAUCAAUAUCCGUCAUAUCACAGGAUGGUUUGAAACAUCUGAUCUUCUUAAGAGUUCCACUUCUCUGUUUUCUUAGUGUUUGCAGUAAAUCGCACUCAGUAGCUGAUUGUACUGUUUUUUCAUUGUAUUAAAAAAUCGAUUGUUAACCGCGGCUGUUUUCCGUAUCUUCACGAGGGGUUUUACAUCAGCUGUCUGAAUGAAGGGAACACGAAUGGACGUUUUCGAAGUCCUGAGUGCGUUUCAGAAAUCUUCAUAUUGAAUGUGAGCUACUAUACAGUGCAAGAGAGAAACAUACAUGUAUUUUUACCACAAAGGGCAAAAAGCAAAUCAAAGAGAAAUGCUAACCUUUCAUGUGUGAUAAAAUCUAUAAAGGACUAUCAUGGUUUGUACAACAGUAAUAAUGACGUUUAACAUGUGAAUGCCAGGGAGGAGUUUUGGUAUCAAGGUCGUUGGAAAAUCUCAAAUCGGUGAAAACAUUUCAAAUUGUGUACAUACUCAUACCAAAGAGUUGGUUCUUCACACGAUCAGUGUUGUACAGUCUUAAGUCCCAUUAUUUGUGUACAGUUUUGCUAUGAAUGAAAUGGCUUAAGGAAAAUGUUUGAGAAUCACUGAUUUAGAGAUGCCUUGAUGUGAAUCUGCAAUGAUCUGUGCAUCUUUUUGAGCUUUUUUUUUCCCCACGAUGUUUGCGAAGGGCCUUUGCUUUCUCUUUUGGACGAGGCGGUUUCAUUUGACUUCUACAAAUAUCAUCUGCUUCUCCACUCUCUCCUUUUUCAUGAAUGUCUCACUGCACUGAACUAAAAUAGUUUCUGUAGUAACUUCAAAUAAAGUUUUUGAAAUGGCAAAA